CAAAUAAGGAGUUAGUAUGUUCUUAUACAUAUAUAGUUAAUCAAAUGGCUAAAAAUAAUCAUUUUUUAUUAUUAUGUAUGUGUUUUAUUGAUGAAAUGUUGAUUUAAAAGAAAGCAUGCCAUAUUUGUGCCAUGAAUGCUGAUGAAGUGAAGGCCAUGAUGCUAAAGUGCACGUAAGGUUGUAAAUAAGAUGCAGCUUUGUCAAAGGCCGGGGGAGCGAGGAGGCCAAAGCGGAGAUGUUGCCGCUCCUUCUGCUGAUGUUCCUCCAAAAGAGGGAGGAGACUUGUUGAAGCUUGUGUUAAAAGUCCUCCAGUACUACGUAACCGAAACUUCUCAUUUGCCUGAAAGAGAGCGAGUGCGGCUCCAUAGCCUGAAGGACACACGCCAACCGCCGCCUUCUCCUUGCAUUAUUACCGCAUCGUCGUUACUGCAUUAUAGCACCGCACUAUUCCGGCAUCAUCGCUGAAUUAUUCCUGCGUGGUUACUGCAUUGUUACUGCAUUUGUACUACGUUAUUCCUGCAGCGGAGCAGGCGGUGCGGCCACAUCUGGUCGUCAUCAGAAGGGGCAGCGUCUCUUCCUGCUCACAUGUGACUCCAGCAGUGUGUGGAGACAGGUCCAAGAGGAGGUUUUAGCAAACAUUCCUCAAGUUUUCCAGCAAGAACUUGUUCUUUUUGGGGUGUAUGGAUUGACUUAGAGGUUUGAUUGCGGGAAAAAUAGCAGGAGAAACCUUCAAGUUUUCAACUCGGGAGCCCUACGAGGCUCCGAUUCUUUGUCUUCUCCGAUCAAAGCUUCUCCCCAACGGAAAGAGACGCCUUGCAAGUGAGGAUCUACUUUGUUUUCCAAUUUUCUUUUUGGGUUCCCGUCAUGACUUCUAGCUACACGCAUGGAAUGGACAGGAACCGCUUGGAGAGUCCCGUCACGGCUAACCUGGACAACUUGCAAGCCAAGAAGAACUUCUCUGUGAGCCACCUUCUGGAUCUGGAAGAAGCCGGGGAGAUGGUCGGCAGUCAGGCUGACGAGAGCGUGGGGGAGGCCGGGAGAAGUUUGCUGGAGUCUCCGGGACUGACCAGUGGAAGCGACACAAACCAGCAGGACAACGAGCAGAUGAACACGGAGGAGAAGAAGAAGAGGAAGCAGCGCAGGAACAGGACCACCUUCAACAGCAGUCAGCUGCAGGCCCUGGAGAGAGUGUUUGAGAGAACGCACUACCCCGACGCUUUUGUACGCGAGGACCUGGCCCGCCGCGUCAACCUCACCGAGGCCAGAGUGCAGGUUUGGUUUCAGAACCGGCGAGCCAAGUUCCGCAGGAACGAGCGAGCCAUGCUGGCCAGCAAAAACGCUUCCCUCCUCAAAUCCUAUUCUGGAGAGGUGACAGCGGUGGAGCAGCCCAUCGUGCCGCGCCCCGCCCCACGCCCGAACGACUACCUUUCCUGGGGUAGCACCGCCCCCUACAGCACCAUGGCGGCCUACCCCCCAAGCUGCUCCAACACCAACACAUCCCAGGGCAUGAACAUGGCCAACAGCAUCGCCAACCUGCGGCUCAAAGCCAAAGAGUACAGCUUGAACCAGGUGCCCACGGUCAACUGAGAGGUCCGGGAGAACCGGCGGGUCGGGGACCCUCCUCCAAAGCCACUGGACUCCCACGGACUGGCUAUGUUUUUGGAAUGAACUUCAUCCCACGCCAAUAAUCGCCAAAGCAAGCAAGUGGCGGUGAGUGUCGGGGGAAGGGGGGGGUCUCACUCCAUUCCAGACGACCGUUGUUCAUACGAAGACGUCUUCAAAUAUCGGCAUAUUCUUAUUGGGACUGAUUUUCAAACAUUUUUGUGGCACAGGAGGACAUAUGUGGAAUUUUUUGGCUUCUGGACCUUUUUUUUUUUUUCUCCUGUUUUUUUUUUUAAAGAUGGCGUUGAUGAUAUCUUUUUGUUUUUAUCACUUUCCUAUCCAUAGUAAACCGACGACUUUAUUUUCAUGUAACUCUCCAAUAUGCAGGGGCGGAUCUUGUAUUCCCAAACCCAGUAGAACCUUUUCGUUUUCUGUCAUGUCAUUUGUAACAGAAAAAUAUUAUAUUAAUAAAAAAAAAAGCCAACAUUUCAUUC